AAACAGAAAAACAUCAUACAUAGCACGUCAAAACCCAAUGGCUAGUCAAGCGUCAAAACAACUAGAGCCAUGGUGCAACUUGAAUGGGAAGGUGGUGCUGGUGACCGGGGCAUCGUCCGGUCUCGGCUGGGAAUUCUGCCUCGACCUAGCCCGAGCCCAAUGCAGGAUUGUGGCUGCGGCCCGUUGGACGGACAGGCUCAAGACUCUGUGCGACCAAAUUAACCAACCGAGCUUCUUAUCGUCAUGUGGCCCUUCAAAAAUGGCUCAUGAUCAUGAUGAAAUUAGAGCUGUGGCCAUUGAGCUUGAUGUCACUUCUAAUGGCCAAACCAUUGAGGUUGCAGUGCAGAAAGCUUGGGAAGCUUUUGGACACAUUGAUGCUUUGAUUAACAAUGCUGGUGUUAGAGGGAGCGUGAGUAGUUCGUUGGAGCUUUCGGAGGAGGAAUGGAACAAUACGACGACAACAAACAUAACAGGAGCAUGGCUGGUAUCCAAGUACGUGGGGAAGUGCAUGCGGGAUGGAGGCAGGGGAGGAUCAAUCAUCAAUAUUUCAUCAAUUCAGGGACUCAACCGCAUCCAAAUUCCUGGAGCUCUUGCCUAUGCUUCCUCAAAGGGAGCAAUGCACAUCUUGACAAAGACAAUGGCCUUGGAGAUGGGAAAGCACAACAUUAGAGUGAACGCAAUAGCAGCUGGACUAUUCCGAUCUGAGUUCACUGAAUCUCUCUUUCAGAAAGAUUGGCUGAACAAUGUGGCUCUAAGAACAAUACCUUUACGAACCUGGGGCGAAUCCGAUCCCGCAUUAACAUCCAUCAUCCGAUACUCGAUCCAUGACUCCUCCGACUACGUUUCUGGGAACAUUUUCAUUGUUGAUGCUGGAUACACACUCCCUGGAAUUCCGAUUUUCUCUUCCCUCUAAAUGAAGGUUUUAUUUAUCGGCACAUGCAUAAUGGGAUUUUAGACAUGUUUCAGAUACUUACCAGUGAAUAAGGCCGCGAUAUUGGUCCAUUUUAUGCAGUAACGGCUGAUCGAUGCUGCUGUUUAAAUUAAAACACUGGCUCUGUAGAUGAAGCUAUGAAUUUCAUAU